AUGGGUAAACGGAAGAAAUCUAGCAGAGGCCCCGUGAAGCGGGUCGUCCAGCGGCUGGACACAAAGUUCAAUUGUCUCUUUUGUAACCACGAACAGUCCGUUUCGUGCACGCUGGACAAGAAGAACAGUAUUGGGACGCUGUCGUGCAAGAUCUGCGGACAGUCCUUCCAGACGCGGAUCAACACGCUGUCGCAGCCCGUGGACGUGUACAGCGACUGGUUUGACGCGGUCGAGGAGGUGAACCAGGGCCGGGCGAGCGAGUCCGAGGGCGACGGGUCCGAGGGGUCCAGUAGCGACUACGAGAGCGAUUCGGACGGUGGGCACGGCGCCGGUACCCUUGUGGGUUCUGAAGGUGGUGCUGCUGCUGUAGCGGCACGUGUGCAGCGUAGAGUGCUGGACUCGGAUGAGGACGAAGAGGAGGUGGAAGCGGAUGAUGACACGCAUGGGGAUAGCCCGAAGAGAACUGGUAGAGCGCUCAUAGACAGCGAUGAUGACGACGACGACGACGAAUAG